UUCUCUCUCACUAUAUUGCCGCUCUCUCAGGUCAUUACAAACAUCUUCUAAUCAAAACCUAGGGGGAAUUUUUUUAAUUUCGGACACACGUCGAGAUUUCCAGCGGCUGUCCAUCCUGCCAGGCUUGAAGAACCCGUUUUAAAGCUUCUCUGUUCGGAAAAUGUCCGGUCCACUGGAGAGAGUGGUAGCCCAGAAGAAAGAGGCCAUUGAAGCAGUGAUGGAGAUGUUUGAGAAAGGAGCAGAGGUGGUCGCCAGCGCUGUUGGAGAGUUGUGUCCUCUUUUCGAAGCUGCUGCCCCAGUUUUGAGGCUGGUUCUGGACAAUGUAGAGAGUAAAGAGGUGAUUUAUGUGAAAGAUCAGUUUCUAGCUGUGAGGAGCAAACUGGAUGUCCUUUCAUCUCAACUGGAAGACAUCAACUGUGAGAUAAAAAAAGGACGGAUAGAUUCUCAAUUCUUCUCUGUAGAGGAGAAUAUACUUAACCAGUUUAGAAAAUAUAUGGACAUACUGGAGGCCAAACCGGAGUACAAAGAGGUCAGAAAACGUGUGUUCUUGCAACAUUUUCCCAAAACCGGAGGAGACAAAAAUCUCUUUUUGCUUUAUGAUGCUCUGAUGGGAAACGGCACAUUUGGCGAGCCAGUUCUGGAUGUUAUGGAGGAAUAUGAGGCUAGAAGCAGAAGGAUGAUGGAAGACUUCUGUGUUAGACUGAAGGAGCUUCUCUGCCUGGGGAUAAUCCCUUUACUGGGAUAUUACUUUCUCACUCAGGGAGAGGAGGCGGAGCAAGAGAAGAUUCAAGAGUGGACCACAAAGAUCCAAGAAAUUGAGAGGAAGAUGAAGGAAACCAUCGAGAGAUGUGUGAAUUCAUUUCCAGAACAAGCUGAACUGGACAUCAACAGGCUUGUGAAGGAGAGAGAGGAUGCAAACCUCCAAGAUUUGGCUAAGGAACUGUUGGAAUUCCUGGUGAAGAAGUACGACUGGGUGAGCUGGUCCAUCAGAGUCAUAACUAACAUGAGCAAAUAUAGAGACUUGAGAGCUGGACAAAACUUUCAGUGUGUGGCCGGACAAAAAUAUUUUGAAGUGUCUCAAGGAAAUGACACUAAUCUUAUGGUGUCCUACUGCAGCAACCCACAGCCCGUGCCCGAUGAGAGCGUAAACCAGAUGAUGGACGGUCCUGCCAAGAAAGGAGAUGCUAAAACUGUAGUGGAGGUCCUGGACAAACAGUUAUCCGGAUUUUUGGUUCACGCUAUCAGUCGUCACAAGGAGAGCUUUGCUGUGUCGAGUUUUCCUGAAGAAUGCCAUUACUGGGAAAAACAUAAGAAUGUCAACGUGUGUGUGCAUUCUGAGUAAACAUAUAAACAUGUAUAAAAUUCUAGAUAUAAACAAAUAUACUGGUGCAAUUUCUUCACCUAAACAGCAGCUUUUCACAUAUAUGGUAUUAUUCAUUGUCAGAUUACAAUCUAUUGUCUUUAAAAUUAUUGCACACUCUUCAUUGUCACAUUUAGAGAUGGUACCAAAGUUAUCUUCCUGUUAUUCAAAUAACUGUUAUUAUAUAAAAAAAAUCUCUUUUUUUUAACCAAAUGCAUUCAAUUAUUCAUGUAUUCUUGCUUUGCUAUAAAUGUAUAUGUCUCUAUGACUGAAAUUACCCCUUUAAAGAAGUAUUAUGCAACAUUGCUGUGAAGUUUGUCUAGAAUGUUAAAAGGUAUUGCUGCUUUUGGACUAUUUGUAAUGGUGCCAAAACUGGCAAAUAGGCCUUUGUGAAUGACCUACAUAGAGCCAAUAGAAUAAAAGUGCCCCGUAAAAAAUGAUUCUCAAAAGCAACAAGUUCAAUUGUCUUAAUACAGUACAACACAAAUUGAACCUAUACUCAUAAAAAUGGGAACACAGAGCAUUUGCAAUAUGUAUUUUUUUGCAUAAAAAAAUAAUUGACACCCCAUGCUAUGAAACACAAAACAGGGCCGCAUUAAUUCAAUUACAGCACUUUUACUAAAGUCAGCGU